CCAGGAACAUCUGAAUGACAGCAUGAACUGAGCACAGUUCAGAUGCUAUGAAACAUUACAUAGAACAGAUAGCAAGGCAUGACUCAAUUUCAUAAUGAACCAAAACUAUAAUGAUUACAUCAGGUAUGAUUUACGUACGAUUUAGAGGUGACCAAUACAUACCGGUAUGUGUGCUUGAAAUGGGACAUUAAUGUCACGAAUAUGACAUCAUGAGGUGACUAAUAAAUUGGUGUGUGUGUUUGAAGUGUGUCUGCAGCUGAAGAAGAGGAGGCACGGCCGGUUGGACUCUCAGACGUACAAGAGAUCAGCGUGUCCCCAUCAGUACCCUAUGUGCACUGAUGAAGACUGGGGCUCUGGCUGUCCCUCUGGUUGUGUUGUGCAGGCUCUGCUCCUGCAGCAGGAGGUGGCGGUGGAGAGAAGGAUGCUGGAGGUGUGUGACGGAGUGGAGCGACAGCACCACGCCUCCCGCUCCACCCUGGGCUCCAGCUGGGUGUUCUACCACACCCAGAGACACGCACUCGGCUCCCAGCGCGACUCGGUGCUCCGGUAUGUUGCCGGGGCCGACCGACUGGCAAGGAAGCUGAGGUUGCUACGGAAACUAUCGUCUGCGUCGUCACAGAGACUGAAGGAGCUGAGGCAACAGGUCCAGAAACAGAUGGAAGAGCUUUAUCAUACAGAGGUCGACGUGGACAUUAAGAUCCGGGCUUGCCAGGGCUCCUGCGCCUCCAGGCUGACCUUCAGGCUCCAGGAGGAGGACUACCCGGACCUCCUAGACCAGAUAGCCCUCUCUCCUCCUGCUCCUCCACCCAGGCGGGAGCUCCCAGACGUAGCAACCUCCGCCCCCGGCGGACUGGAAGAACAGCUGCGACACUUUGGAGACAUUGAGGAGAACAAGCUGGUGAUCCACCCUCCACGCCUUCACCCAGAACACCCAGACCUCUGAGACUGCUGUCACAUGAUCACAACCAUCACCUCACAUGAGACGGCUGUCACCUGAUCAGAACUAUCACCUCACAUGAGACUGCUGUCACACGAUCAGAACUAUCACCUCACAUGAGACGUCUGUCACAUGAUCAGAACUCUCACCUCACAUGAGACUGCUGUCACAUGAUCAGAACUCUCACCUCACAUGAGACUGCUGUCACAUGAUCAGAACUAUCACCUCACAUGAGACGUCUGUCACACGAUCAGAACUCUCACCUCACAUGAGACUGCUGUCACAUGAUCAGAACUCUCACCUCACAUGAGACGGCUGUCACAUGAUCAGAACUCUCACCUCACAUGAGACUGCUGUCACAUGAUCAGAACUCUCACCUCACAUGAGACUGCUGUCACAUGAUCAGAACUAUCACCUCACAUGAGAUGUCUGUCACAUGAUCCCAACCAUCACCUCACAUGAGACUGCUGUCACCGGAUCAGAACUAUCACCUCACAUGAGACGUCUGUCACAUGAUCACAACCAUCACCUCACAUGAGACGUCUGUCACACGAUCACAACCAUCACCUCACAUGACACUGCUGUCGCAUGAUCACAACCAUCACCUCACAUGAGACGUCUGUUACAUGAUCAGAACUCUCACCUCACAUGAGACUGCUGUCACAUGAUCAGAACUCUCACCUCACAUGAGACUGCUGUCACACGAUCAGAACUAUCACCUCACAUGAGACUGCUGUCACACGAUCACAACUAUCACCUCACAUUAGACGUCUGUCACACGAUCACAACUAUCACCUCACAUGAGAUGGCUGUCAUAUGAUCACAACUAUCCUCUGGUCAAGCAGGAACCACCGAGCACACCGGAGUCUGUGAUGCUUUUGUUGUUCGGGGCCAUGUUGGGCCGCAACCCACCUCCAAAUGGAGCUGUAGUUACAAACUGCUGCCCGAAACACUACUGAAGAGUCAGGCUGUUUUAUCUUGAAGAAUAAAUAAUACCAUGUAUUAUUGCAGUAAUAUGAGUACUGUCAUGGAGUCUUAUAGAAAAUACAUUUAUUUGUGUUAUA